AGACACAGCGACUGCGCGCUUACAGAGACGUGCCCUCAUCGCUCGAAGAUCGUGAGUCAUCCCAUUGAAAUUGCGGCAUUAUGAAGACGCGACACACUUGCGACUUCCGAAGUGAUACAGUCACGACCCCAACUCAAGAAAUGCGCGACGCGAUGCGGGCUGCGGUCGUCGGGGACGAUUUCUUCCAGGAUGAUCCUACCGUCAACGAAUUGCAGCGAAUGGUUGCUGAGAUGUUCGGGAAAGAAGAUGCUCUGUUCUUCCCGUCGGGCACGAUGGCUAAUAUAUGCGCAACGAUGACUCACUGUGGACAGCGGGGUCAAGAAGUUCUUUGUGGGGACCAUUCACACAUUUUUCUGCUCGAGCAGGGAGGGGUUUCCUCGCUAGGAGGCUUGAGCAUCGCGACAGCGCCUAAUCAGAAUGAUGGCACAAUUCUCAUUUCCGACUUGGAACGCCGCAUCAGGCCUCUGAAUAGCAUUUGUAGUCCGCGAACUGGCCUCUUGUGCAUUGAGAACACGCAUAAUGUCAAAGGCGGACAAGUCCUUGAUCUAUCCUACAUGCACGACAUCGGGAGAUUCGCGAGAAGUAAUGGAGUACCCUUGCACUUGGAUGGGGCGCGCCUACUUCACGCUUCCACCUACCUCGGCUGUUCCCCCGAGAGUCUGACCCGCGAUGUGGAUAGUGUGAUGAUGUGCAUCUCGAAAGGUCUCGGAGCCCCGGUCGGCUCCUUGCUCGCAGGCUCAACAGACUUCUGCAAACAAGCCCGCAGGAACCGCAAGGUUCUCGGAGGAGGCAUGCGACAAGCAGGGAUCCUUGCAGCCGCAGGCAUCGUCGCUUUGAAUUCGACCGCGAAGGCUCUGCAAAAGGAUCACGAUAAAAACUAUCACUUCGCUCAGAGUCUCGCAGCCUUCGACAACGACAUCUUCUCAAUCAAUCUUGAUAGGACUCAGACUAACAUGACAAUAUUGAACAUGAAGAAUGGUUACAAUCCGGAAGUAUUCUGUAGUCAAUUGGAAACGAUUUUCCCCGACGAGGCCUAUGAGCUCGGAGAAGAAAUUCAAGUUCGUUUGCUUCCGAUAACGAGGACGGCGGUGCGAGCAACAUUCCACCUUGAUAAUUCAUCCGAUGAUGUCUCAGCCGCGGUCAACAAAAUCAAAUUCGUUGUCGAGAACCAUUGCAGAAUUAGCGGGAAGCAACCGCAACGUGCCUCCUCCGCGACGAUGAUUGAUAGCUACAUAUGAGGUCUAGAUACGGAUUGUCUCGAAUGAUGUAUUUCACCAAAACCAUUCUGAUCGGUAUAAUGAGCUACAACGCUUGGUUAGCUAAUAGUGAAGUUCUCGCUUUCUCCGGAGCGUAAGUCAUGAUGUUGUUCCUGAAGGCUCUGCAAAGAGAGACGUAGUCCGAGUUUUUGUCUGCACUAGGUAUAUGCACUCAUGUUCGUGGAUUCAGCGGGGGAUCGAUGGGGUACCCCAAGGAGGCGAGGUCUAAAUGCAGCGAGCCGGCUCGUCAAUCUGCUGGCUAUUCAUAGGUGUAUUCAUAGUUCUUUGAUAUUCCAGGAUGAGCUCGGACCAAGGAGCCUCAAACAUGAGUCGGAGCUUCCGAUGAAUACACUUAUCGGGCGUAUAUCUUAAUAACUACCCAGAAGCGAUAGAGAUUACAUGAUGAAUUCGGAUUAUGAAGCUCGAAUGUUAGAAACUUGAGUCGGGGCUCCCGAUAAAU